UUUAUUAAGUUUUGUUUGAAUAAUUUAGCUAUAAAGCAGAUAAAACAUGAAUUCUCACAAAACUGUUCAAGAAAAGUGGAUUAGUCCUGCGAAAAGAGAAUAUAUUCCAGUUGAAGGGUUUACUCUCACUGAUCAAUUUAAACAAGCAAAGCAUCAAAUUGAUAAUUUUGAAGUUAGCGAUGAUGAUAUUUGGAUUUCUACCUUUCCUAAGUCAGGAACCACUUGGACUCAAGAAAUGGUGUGGAUGAUUUUUAAUAAUUUGGAUUUUGAAAAAGCAAAAGAAGAUUUAAAUGACCGAUCUCCAUUUUUGGAAAUAAGUACCCUAGUUGAUUAUCAAAAGCUGAUGAAAACCUGUACGGAUUUUAAAGUACCAGCAAGUCGACUAGACUCUAUAAACUUUGUCAAAUCUCAAAAAGGACCAAAGGUAGUUAAAACACAUUUACCUUGGGAAUUAUUACCAAAACAAAUUCAAAACGGAGUUAAAAAACCAAAGAUUAUUUAUGUCGCUCGAAAUCCAAAAGACGUUUGUGUCUCUUUUUAUAACCACGAGCAGUUGAUAAGCGGUUACACCGGCACUUUUGAUGAAUUUUGUGAAUUGUUUCUUGCAGGAAAAGUGUUAUAUGCACCAUACUGGCAGCAUGUUUUGACGUAUUGGAAAAUGAGGAACGCACCAAAUUUCCUUUUCCUAAAAUACGAAGAUAUGAAAAAAGAUUUACGCAAAGUGAUACAAAAAGUUUCCGAGUUUCUAGAACGUCCCUUGAACGAUCAACAGGUUGACAUUUUGCUUGAGCACUUAAGUUUUGAAAAAAUGAAGCAAAAUCCCGCGGUUAAUAAAGAAGACAUGAUUAAUAUAUAUAAAAAACAUAAUAUAACAAAUUCCGACGGAAAGUUUUUCAGGUCUGGACAAACUGGUGAUUACAAGGUUAUGAUGUCUUCAGAAAUGAUAAACCGAUUUGAUGAAUGGAUUCAAAGAAAUACAGAAGGAAGUGAUUAUGUGGUGUAAAAUGACCAUUACAUACAUUAUACAUUAAUAUUAUUAAUAUUAAACAGAUAUAAAUUAAUUCUAUUACUUAUGUUUAUCUACUAUGUACAAAAUGCACUUACUAUAGCGUUUACUUUUAAGUUUAUAUAAAACUUUAUGAUCUUAAAACUGUAGAACUAGCGUUGCCAUGGGGAAUUUUAAUACUAUAAACCUGUCUUCUAAUAUUUAUAUAAUGAAUUUAAUUCUGUUAGUAUUCAAAGUGCUUUUCAAUACGUGUCUGUAUAGAGUGAUUUUGAAAUACACAACUUGUAAAUCCAA